UCCGCUCCAUCCCUCUCCUUCCCAUCCCGAGAUGCUGCUUGCUGACAUUUGAUUGUAAGUCACCUCUUCUUUUCCAUCAGAUUCAUCAACAAUAUGGAACCUAGAAACCAAACAGGAGUUUCAGAAUUCCUUCUCCUGGCACUGACAGAGGAUCCCAAAGUGCAGCCUCUCCUUUUUAGCCUGUUUUUGUCCAUAUAUCUGGUCACUGUCCUGGGAAACCUGCUCAUCAUCCUGGCCGUCAGCUCUGACCCCCACCUCCACACCCCCAUGUACUUCUUUCUUUCCAAUCUCUCAUUUACUGACAUCUGUUUCAGCACCACCACGAUUCCAAAGAUGCUGGUGAACCUCCAAGCACAGAAUCAGAGCAUCACUUACACAGGAUGCCUCACCCAGGCCUGCUUUGUCCUGAUUUUUGGUAGUUUGGAAAGUUUUCUCCUUUCGGUAAUGGCCUAUGACCGUUAUGUGGCCAUUUGUCACCCACUGAGAUACACAGCUAUCAUAAAUCCCCACUUCUGUGGCCUGCUGAUUCUAGUCUCCUUGCUCGUUAGCAUUGUGGAUGCCCUUCUCCACAGUCUGAUGUUGUUGCGACUGUCCUUCUGCACAGGUCUGGAAAUUCCUUACUUCUUCUGUGAAGUUUUUCAGGUCAUCAAAGUUGCCUGUUCUGAAACCCUCGUCAAUAACAUCAUCUUAUAUUUUGCAGCUAGCAUACUGGGUGCUCUUCCUUUCUCUGGAAUCAUUUUCUCUUAUAUUCAAAUUGUAUCUUCCAUUCUGAGAAUACCUUCAGCAGGUGGAAAGCAUAAAGCUUUUUCUACCUGUGGGUCUCACCUUACAGUUGUUUGCUUAUUCUAUGGGACAGCUUUUGGUGCGUAUAUGAGUACAACAUUUACACACUCUUCCAGGAAGACUGCAGUAGCUUCAAUGAUGUACACUAUGGUAACUCCCAUGAUGAAUCCCUUCACCUACAGCCUGAGAAACAGAGACAUGAAGGGAGCCUUGAGGAAAAUCAUCAGGUGCACACCUGCUUUUCAGUGAUUAUAUUACCUACUUUGGGUUUGGAUUUCUAGAUCUCUAGAUUUUUUCAUCAAACCAAAGAUGGCUGCAACAGACUCAGCUGUCAUAUCCAGACAUCAUGCUCAGAGAUACCAAAUAGACUGUCCCCAGACCUAUUGUUAACAGAGGACUUAUUAUUAAUAGACCUUUCCAUAAAAUCAAUACAGAAGACAUCUACUUCCAUCUGAUCACUGAGAAUAGUAUCAUAUCCAUUUCUAACGAAAGUUCUGUUUGGGAGAAAAUAAUUACUGUGAGAGCUUUAGAUUGACAAUGUAGAGUAUGUUUUCUGUUGGGAAGUUAAUUCCUAUAUCCACUACAAGCACUUAAUAUGUUGCCUGGCACCUAAUACUCGAUAAAAUUUAACUAGGACCACAGUGUUCUAUAUGUUGCCUUAAUAUAUAAGGCUUAUUUUUGCUUGUUCUCACAUAUUUUCUACUUUCUCCAAAGUUUUUUUUUUGGUUUACCAUUAUUGUAGUAUCUAUUAGCACGUUUUUCUCAUCUUAGUAAUUAAGUCAAAUGAAUAACUGUUGAGUAGGCAGGGUGGAGCG